AGAGAGGGGAGAGAGAAGGAAGGACCUCCGUGUCUAGUUAGGCGUUUUUCCUCAGGAAAAAAAAAAACAAGACAAUAAUCGUGACAAGGAGAAUAUUCCAGAGUCGGGUCAACUGCACUUUUUUUUUUUUAGGUCUUUUUUUUUUGUAUCAUUUUAUUUUUGCAGGACUGAGGGUUUGCAGAUCUCCGAGGUUAUGAGCCGUCCGAAGCCGCGUCGCUACGUCGCUGUCCAGGGUCCUGAGUGAGACGGAGCCACCGGGCGACCACGGAGCAGUGAGUUGAAACGCUCAGGGGCCAUGGAGCUGAGGGUGGGGAACAAGUACCGCCUCGGGAGGAAGAUAGGGAGCGGAUCAUUCGGAGAUAUUUACCUCGGUUCAAACAUCGCUACAGGAGAGGAGGUAGCAAUCAAACUGGAAUGUGUGAAGACCAAACAUCCACAGCUCCACAUUGAGAGCAAAUUCUACAAAAUGAUGCAAGGUGGAGUGGGGAUCCCGUCUAUUAAGUGGUGCGGAGCGGAGGGAGACUACAACGUUAUGGUGAUGGAGCUGCUGGGCCCCAGCCUGGAGGACCUGUUCAACUUCUGCUCCCGCAAGUUCAGCCUGAAAACCGUCCUGCUGCUGGCUGACCAGAUGAUCAGCAGGAUCGAAUACAUCCACUCCAAGAACUUCAUCCACAGAGACGUGAAGCCUGACAACUUCCUGAUGGGGCUCGGGAAGAAAGGAAACCUGGUCUACAUCAUCGACUUUGGCCUGGCCAAGAAAUACCGCGACGCCCGAACUCACCAGCACAUCCCUUACCGCGAGAACAAGAACCUCACCGGCACCGCCCGCUACGCCUCCAUCAACACCCACCUGGGCAUCGAGCAGUCGAGACGAGACGACCUGGAGUCUCUGGGCUACGUUCUCAUGUACUUCAACCUGGGCUCUCUGCCCUGGCAGGGACUCAAGGCUGCCACCAAGAGGCAGAAGUAUGAACGCAUCAGUGAGAAGAAAAUGUCCACCCCCAUUGAGAUGCUCUGCAAAGGAUACCCCUCUGAGUUCUCCACCUACCUGAACUUGUGUCGCUCCCUGCGGUUCGACGACAAGCCCGACUACUCAUAUCUGAGGCAGCUCUUCAGGAACCUGUUCCACAGGCAGGGCUUCUCCUACGACUACGUCUUUGACUGGAACAUGCUGAAGUUUGGCGCAAGCAGAACGGCUGAGGACGGAGAGAGGGAGAGGAGGGAGGGAAAAGAAGGGGAGGAACGAGCCGGAGGAGGCCAAAGAGGAGCCGGAGGCCGAGCCUUGCCUCCCGGUCCGAACCCGUCUGCGGCCAACAGGGUCAGGAACGAGGCCGACGCCGCACCUUCAAACCAGGCCACGCGCGGGGUCCAGCAGUCAGGAAACCGCUCUCCUCAGGCGGGCAGAGCGGAACGCGCCGAGCGGGAGAGGAAGGUGGCCAUGAGGCUUCAUCGCGGGGCCCCCGCCAACGUCUCCUCCUCGGACCUCACUGCACGCCUCGACCAGUCACGCAUCACUGCGUCACAGGUAGACAUGACAGGUCAGUGUGCCAUUUGAACAUCUGGCAAAGUGAGUUACUCCUCGCUGGCCUGCAGGUCAGUGGCAGCAGCUGCAGGGUAUCAAACACCCCUUACGUUUCAAAUGGAUGAAUGAAGACAUGAAUGAGUGAAGGAGGAGAAGAGGAGCUGGAGGAGGAGGAGGAGGAGGAGGAGGAGGAGGAGGUGUUGCGGUCCUUUAAAGGGGGACCGAGGGCGUCCGUGUGUCUGUCAGUAUGCGGUGUGGUGAGCAUGCCCGGUCUUAUAAAGCUUGCUGAGACGAUGGAAAACCAGUAACACAAACAAACUUUAGGCUGGAUAUGUUUGGCUUUUUCAAGGGUGCAUCCAAAGGGAGAGGCGGAGAGAAACGACAAAAAGCACCUCCCCUUCUUCACUCAUAUUCACCUGCCAUCGACUCAGAGGCUCAACUUGCAAAAAAAUUUUAAAAGCGAAAAAAAAAUAAAAUAAAAAAAAAUACAAUGCACAAAACGGACUAAAUAUCAACUAUUCUGUGGUUUAGACCUGUGGUUAAACAAAAAAAAUAUAAAUCUGCUAACGUUUGAGAGCUACACAUGCUGCUUAUGGUGUUCUUUAGUAGAAAUAAAUAUGUAAACAACCACGGGGACGAACACAAAAGCGUAUACAGACGUGAAAUGGAUGAGUCAGGAGACGAGAACGUUCUUAAAAGUGUCCAUGGAGGAGCGGAGAGAAUAAACGUGAGAGGGUUUACGGGAGCGAGGCUGCUUUUCGUCAGUAAUCGUGUCUGUCUGUGUUUUUGUCUUAAGUGUUUUGCCUUCAGCUUUGCUUUAGAGAGUCGGAGGGAAACCAAGGACAGAGUAAGAGGUGUGACAGAAGACGUGCCCCCAGUUAAAAGUUCCUAUUUUUCAGCACACUUCUCACUUCGUUGGGUGAGACUGAAAACAUGCUUACUGAAUUUAAGAAGAGGAGAAGAGUCAGACUGCUGUGAGCAGAGGGUGGGAAAAAAAAACAAGGAUUGUGUGAUAUGAUAAAGCCUUAGUCCGGUUUGUAACACCAGGUAUGAAACGACCUAAGAAAGUUAUAAGAUCUUCAUGGUGAGCGGGUCUGGUGUUACGUUUAUUUUAUUUAUUUUUUUUAUUAUCAUUUUUCCUUUUUUGUUUUGUAUUAAAUGUAAAAUGUGUAGAUAUAUUUUGCCAGAAUGUGACAGAUUGUUUUAAAGAAAUGGGGCUGGAGAGAAGAGUACAGUUUAUCUCCUGGCUUCCCUGGGACAGAAUUGUAAAAAUAUUACCAGAAACCUUGAGAGUCUGCCAGACGUUUGGGCAGGCAAUGACAGGAAGGUUCUUGUUGAUAUUUUUUGACUGAGAUGUUUUGACCCAGGGUUGGCAGGACGGAUGGAAAAAUGACUGAUGUCCUGUACAUUUCUUUACCAUGCUUCAACUUUAUUACUAUGAUAUUUGUGUAUAUUUUCUGAUUCAAUAAAAAUAUACACAACGUA